AUGGAACCGACUCCGCGCCAGCUCCGAGCAAAGAGACGGAGGGAAGCUGCAGCUGGUGGCCUCCGGGUGGCGCUGUUGGGACUGGGACUCGUCUGUGUUCUCCAGGCGGCUCUGAACGUGGGCCUGCGUUUGUACGAAACAUAUCAAACGAGUCAGUCCACACCAGCCUCCUCCACCACAGAAGACCCCUGCCAGGACUGCCCCUGUGAGGUUACAGAAACAUAUCAAACGAGUCAGUCCAUGCCAGCCUCCUUCAUCUCAAAACCCUGCCCCUCCUCCUACCAGGGCCUCUGCGUCCACGGUCAGUGCCGCGUCCUGAAGGACCUGGACAAGCCUGUCUGCAAGGGUGUAUUGAUAAAGAACGAAACAUUGAAGGAGCAGCAGAAUGACAGCGACACGGUGGAAGACGACAGCAGCAGCGACUAA